AAACGGUCAGGCGUUACUGGUUGUUAUGUUUCACAAUGGCUGACGCUACGGAGGUUUUUGACGACAAUUUGUUUCGGAAAAUUGUCGAAUCAAAAGGAAAACUUGUCUCCUUUAGAGCUCGAGAGAUUGACAACAAGUCCGGUCGGCUUUCUAAUCUCUGCAAACAUAAUGUUUACCCAGUUGGACACUUUCUAUAUGAUGUUACCUACACAACCCCCCAUGGGAACGAAAAGACAAUGCUUAUAGUGCUAAAGGCCAAGGCCGCUGGCAGAGUCACUGUGGAUGCUAUUAAUGGUCUGGCCCAGAAAUGUGGGAACCCUGUUUCCACUGUGUUUGAAAAGUACAAAAACCAGCUUGGCUAUUGCUUUACAGAUAUCCGGGAACUAGAAGUCUACAAAAUAACGGAUCAGAGGUUUACAAGGAUAACCCCUGAAGUAUACUAUAUCAACAGCAACCCAGAAAAGGAAAUGUUUAUAAUAGCCAUGGAGUAUUUGGGAACACCCUGUGUUACCCUCAUGAACAGAAUGGAUGAUGCUCCUGAUGUUUGGACCAAAAAGUACAUAGAGAUUGCACUGCGUGACAUUGCUGGGUUCCACAGUAUUCAUCUGGAUGGAGUGGAUUCCUUACUGAAGAAGCCUUACAUUGAAGCCUUCACAAGGAAGAAGAUGGUGGAGCUGACGGACCUGUGGCAAGCCCUUGCCGAUAAUGCUCGAUUGAAGGCCCCUGAUGUUGUUACAGAAAAACGAUACAAAAUCUGGAAACACAUCAUCCACAUCAUUGACCAUAUAUGGAAAGAACUUGAGUCAUCGCCUCGGACAUUGAUCCAUAACGACUUCAACGCACGCAAUGCUUGCAUUCGACUCUCAAUCCAGUCCACUGCUCCACGCCCUGAGUAUGUGGAGAGGCCUGAUUACGCUUGUGAUCAUUUGAGUUUAUAUGACUGGGAGUGCAGUACUGUCCACGUGCCACAAUCAGACAUAGCAGAGUUCUUGGCUUUUACGUUGGCUGAGGACACAGAGCCUUCUGUUGGAGAGCAGUGGUUGGAGUUUUACCGGGUAGAGCUGCAAAGACAUUCUGGGAAUGAUUUUAAUUGUGAGAGGUUUCUCGCCACCUUUAGGCUUGCAUGUUGUGACUUGCUUAUCAACAAACUGGCGAUCUACAUGCUGGUCCCAGAACCAUGUAAAAGGUCCUCAAUACGCAGGGCCUUAGAGGGCAAUCUGACCUACUUGGAGUACUUGUACGAUAAAGGGCUAUGUCCCUUUGACCUGAAAUAAUCCACCAAGCAAGUAAGUAGGAUGUGGAAAUAGAAAGCGAGGACCCCUCAAAAUAGGUUAGGCCUUAAAGGGUUACCGGAUCACUUAGACGCGAGAUAAUCAACAAGAAAGUCAGUAAGGUAGUCGUAGAAUGUGGACUUUCCACGGUAUGGAGCAGCUGGAGUUUGAUGUGAAGGAAUGUAGACUCGAAUUCGAUUUAUCCCCAAAAAGAUUUCCUACAAUGAAACGCGAGGUUAUCCUAUUAUGUAUAGAUAAAGCGUUUUGUGACUCCACAACAUUGAAAUGUCUUUUUUUGCAAAUUCUCGGGGGCGGGCCUACCAUAAAAACAGACGGAUGGGGGAUAAUACAUUUGGCGUUACAGAUAAGGGGGUUAAUGGACACUGAAAUCUAGCGUUCGCAAAUCACACUUAAACGGCCCUUAACUCGAAAAUAAUCACUUCACAGAUGUUCAUUUAGUAUCUAAGCAUCUUUAUUGAGAUAUUUCAACAUUAGAAAGUUAAAAAAAUAUAGUUUAGAAGCGAUAUUUUGAAUACAUGAAAAGCCGUUAAAACCUCACCACAGGAAGCCCAUCCAGCCGUUCACCCGUACUCGCUCAGAGCCUGGGAGGCCUGGGAGUAAAAGAGUGAACCGACAGUCAGGCGUAGAUAGCAGCAAAAAUAAGAACGGCCCAGCCCCAACUGAAAACUAGACGAUCUUAUGGAAAAAAAAAAAAGAAUAGAGUUCCUUAGCUUAGAUUUACUGUCAGAUUUUAAACAGUACGGAAACACUGACAAUGGUACGGGAUGGAAGUAGAAUAUAAUGUAUAUACCCUGCAAUGUACAGAUUUUUAGAAAAAUGCGUGACAGUCAGCAAAGUCCCAGGCUUCUCUCCUAAGCUCGGAGAUGAGCCGUGAGACAGCUUGGGGGCUGGGACGAACUAUUGUCUCCUGUGACGUCACAACUCUUACCAUCCACAGGAAACCCAACCACAGGAAACCGGGUAAGAACGCCUUGGACUAGGCUGCGUGACGUCACAGUAUAUUUUCUCUUUUUAAACCUAUAAUGUAAAAUGCGCUUCUACUUAAAGUAGCUGUCAGUACGAUUACAAUCUCACUCCAGGAUCAAAUAAAAUGCCCAAAGCUCAUCGGAAA